UACGGAUAAAAAUGGCGUCUUGCCUGGUGCCGGACUUCCCAGCCGUCUUGGUUGCUCUCGAGCAUUUAAAGGAACUGGACAAGCAGCUGAAAGAGGAGGGAAUACCAUUCUCACCUGACGCCAGCCUCCAUCUGACAGAGAUAACGACUGCUAUCACUGAACUGGAGGUGGACCGGCGUGCUGCUCAUGAACAUUUAGAAGUGGAAACCAUAGAAAACAGCAAGCUAAGACACCAAAUUAACAAUAUAAGAGAGAGAAUGAGCCAGGAAAUCAUGGCUGACGUAGCAGCAGCCCGGGCAUCUAAUGCUGAGGAGAUAGAGCAGCUGCACAAAGAACUCAACACAGUUUCUCAGCUACAAGAAGCCACUGUGAAGAGGCAGGAAGCCCUCUCCAGCCAAAAUGAAGCACUGUACCCAGAGCGUGAGCAGGUGAAGGCUGAACAUGAAGAGAUGAUUGCUGUUCUGAAUGAUGAAAUAACCUUAAAGUAUGGCCUGCAGCUGCAGCUGGAUCAGACACGGGAGCAGAUAGAGGAGCUGAAAUCCUGCAUCGCUGCUGUCGAACAGGACAAAAUAACACUGCAGCAAAACAUGGCACUGGAGAGAGAGGCUUUCGCUGUGAAAAAAGACAGCCUGUCCAGAGAAGUGGACCAAGCCGAGGGGAAUAUUAAGCAGCAGAAGCAAGCGAUCAGGAGGAGCAGAGGAGAGCUGGACAGAGUUAACGACAAGAAACAAGAAACCCAUGACCAUCUGGGCGAGCUCAUGAUUCACAUGGCCAAGCUGGAGAGCAAUAUACAAAGACUGACAGCAUCUCGGUGCCAGUGCGAGAAACUGCUGGAGGUGGAGAACCAGAAGCAAAAAGAAUUGAGGCAACAGAGAGAAACGCUGAAGGAGGAGUUGUGUGAGUUAGGGGAAGCCUUCAGCGUUGCCGUCCAGCGUCUUAAAGAGGAAAUAGCCACGGUGGAAGGUAAAAUAGAGGCGGGUCGAGCAGCAAGAUUGCUCUUUCAAGACUCCCUGGCUAAAAUCUAUGAGAUAUUCAAGCAUCAGCGCGAUGAAGAGAACGACGUGAGGGCAGAGCAUUUCCACGUCUCGCAGCAGCUGGAGCGAUCCAGGCUGCAGCUGGAGGAGCGCAUUUCCUCCAUAGUCAAACACAGCAAGGAGAUCAAAGAGAUGGACAAGCAGAUCGGAGAACUCCUGGAAGCCGACACAAUCAACAAGCGCGUGUUUGAGAGGCAUCAGGAAGAGAUGUGCGGUAACGUGGAUACAGAGAAGAAGAACAUCAGCAAUUUGGAGGAGGAGAAGAGGCGGCUAAGGAGGCUCUUGGAGGAGGCGAAGAGGAAUCAGGAGGAGCACGUGGCGAAAAUGACCUCUGAUAUCAGCAACACCAUGGCGAGAUACCAGGAGCUUCAGCAGAAGGAGGCCGCACUCCAGCAGCGUCAGCCCAAGAGCAUGGAUACUGACUUGCUGAUGAGCCAUGUGACCCAGUGUGAGGUGGAGUACAGACAAAAAGAGAUCAAACACCAUCAGGAAAUAGAGCAGUGCACUGCAGAGACUGAGAGCAUCGUAAGGAGCAACGAGGAGAAGCAGAGGGAGAUGGAGGAGAAAGAGGAGAUGCUGAAGGACGUGGAAGCAAAGUGGAACGAAGAGCGCUCCAGGCUACAGAGACUACAGAUGCUGACCUCCGAGCUGAGGAGGAAGAAGAACGAUCUGGAGCUGUCCAUUCAGGGGCUGAAGGAGAAAACCAGCUCUCUGCUUCAGCCCAAAGUGGAAAUGAAGGCUGAGCUGGAGGAGCUGCGACAAAGUUACAUGGACGUGCUCGACAAGCGGGCCGCAGAGCUGAGAGCUGUGGAGAUGAGCAUCUAUGACAGCAGCGUGAAACUGGAGCAGGUGAGCGUGGAAAACAGCAGGCUGCAUCUCUGUAUCAGACAGACGACAGAGGCCAUUAGCAGAGCCAGGGAGGACAAAGACCGAUACUGGCAGGAGAUUCACCAGUUCAAGCGGGACAUAAAGGCCUUGUUUGAGAGUUUACAGGAAGCAUGGAGAGAGGACCUAUUGGUAACUCAGGACUGUCAGAGCAGCGAUGGUGUUCUGUUGGUGUCGAUGAGUGACCUGAUGAACCACCUGAAGACCAGGAGACAACAGUUAGGGAAUGUCCGCACACUCCUACACCAACAAAUGUUAGACUUCAGCAAACAACUGGGAGAUAAAACAGCUAAAGAGCAGCAGAGUUGAGUUGAUAAGUGUCUCUGUGUCAAAUGUCUGCUGACCUGUAGUGUGAAUUCAGAUAAACUGCAUGCAUGGAAUACUCUUUUUUUGAAGUUGAUAUUCAUUUGUAAUAAAAACUUCUAAGUAAAGCUCAAA